AUGCUAAGUUGUAAAGAAUCAGGCUGGACUGUAUUAUCAGAUGUCGCUGGUUCAUUAGCGUUUUUAACUUCAUUUAUAUCGUUAAUGCCCCAAAUCAUCGAAACAUAUAAUAUUAAAACUGUUGAAGGCUUAUCGCCAUAUUUUUUAUUAUGCUGGUUGAUGGGUGAUAUUACAUCAACUAUUGGAGCUAUUAUUACGGAACAAUUAUUUUUCCAAAUAUUACUAUCGUUAUAUUUUUUUGCAAACGAUUUAACUGUCUGUCUUCAAUACUAUUAUUAUGGCAUAAUUCAUAACAAUGAGCUGGCUACUUUGAGUCACGAAUCAAAACUUAUUUUAGGAGAUUCUGAUUUAAUUGGAGAUGAUGAUAUUAAUAACCUUGACAGUCCUGGUGUUAUUGAACGUAUUAGAAGUCGUGUCAGUAAUUCUACUAUAAGUGGCAGAUCUGCAAUGGUAGUUGCCAGCAUUGCUUCCCUGGCAAACCAAGCUAGUGCACAUCCAAUUGAAAUAUUUACCAACCAACCAAAUUUACAUGUGCUUGAGAAGAAAUAUAAGAACCAAGGAUUAGGUUUGUUUAUGUCAUGGUUGGGUGCAUCUUUUUACGUUGGAGCAAGGAUUCCUCAAUUGAUUAAGAACUAUCAAAGAAAAUCUACCGACGGGCUCUCUCCAUUUCUGUUCUUGACAACACUUUUGAGUAACAUUGCCUAUAAUGUGAGCAUAUUUACAAGUUGUAAGUACUUAGAAAAUGAUAACAAAUCUGAUUUCCUUAUUUAUGAGCUCCCAUUUAUUUUCGGUAGUGCAGGAACUGUUAUAUUUGAUGUAAUCUAUUUUUACCAACAUUACGUAUUGUAUUCAAAGGAUAUGAAGUUCAGACAAUUAGAGAGAGAUGUGUUUACUUCAUUGAAUGAUAAUCUAGGUGACAUCCCACAAUAUGAAUCACUUGAGACCAAUAUAAGAAAGAAUAGAGCAACGGAACAAACCCCCUUAUUGACAUAG